GAGCUGUCUUGCUUGACCUCGUGACCGCCCCUGUUUUCAAGGUCUCGGACCCACCUCGUUUUCUGUUCAUAGCCUUGACCACGAAUUUCUCCUACAUCGGAGCUCUGCACUUUUUACCAGCUUCUCUCAAUACCGCCAUCUUCAGCAGCAGUCCUGUGUUCACAUUGCUGCUUCAAGCUAUGUUCCUCACAGCUGACUCAGGCGAGCAUGGCGAAGUUGCUGUGGCCUCCCAAAGAUGGAAGGCACUGAGCGUGAGCCUCUCUGUGGUUGGGGUGCUGCUGAUUGCCGAGCCCUGGAAUGACUCCAAAGGGUCGACGAUGACUCAGCAGAGGAUCCUGGGUGUUCUGCUUUCGCUCUUCUCAGCCCUUGGCACGGCAAUCUACCAGGUCUACUUCAAGAAGACAUUUGGCGAUUCCAUGCGCCCGGAGGAGGUCGGGCUCUUCCUCGCCCACAUGGGCUGCUGGGCCUCUGCCCUGAUGGGAUCUGUGCUGUGGCUGCUGCUCGAGAGGAAUGUUUACACAUUGGAUUUGGCAGAAGUGCCGUGGGACAUGGUGGUGCUCACCGCUCUCAGCUCUGCACUCUUCAACUUCCUCAUCAAGUUCGGCCUCUCACGCGAGACGCCGGUUACUACAAGCCUCGGGACGCAAAUAGGCAUUCCGCUGAACUUCUUGCUUGACCUAUUCGUGGUUCACAGCCACUUUCGAUGGCCUCAGGCCGUGGGUGUCCUUACAAUGCUGCUCAGCUUCAGCGUAUGGCAUCACUCGGAGGCGACUGCCCGCGUUUGGAAGCCGUCGGGCCUGGAAGGUGCAGGCGAAGCUACAGCCAGGCUAUUGAAUUAA